AUUAUAUUCGCGGCGUUCGAUCUUCGACUCAGUUGCGACUUGCGUCCGCGCAUCUACAGUACGGUCAUCUCAUUAUACGCUGUCAUUUAACGUAAAGUUUAAUAAAUUUCUGUGAGUGAAUUAAAGUGUCAGUUAAGUUUCGAUAUUCAGAAAUCAUGGAGCCACUACAAGUAGAUGUUGUACACUUUUAUCCCAAAGAAAAUGCAGAACCGCAUAAUACUUUAAAAUUUGAAGCCGUGAAUGAUGAGAACCCCACCACCACGAUAGUACGUCGCGGACAACCCUUCAACGGAGUGGUGAGGUUCACCAGACCCUAUGAUGACAACGAUGAUAUCGUGCAGCUUGUGUUCACGUUGGGUGACAAACCCAGUAUGGACACCCAGGGUUCGAUGUACCUGAAGUAUGACAGUGUGCCUGACAUACACAGCUGGAGCGCCAAGCUACUCGAUGUACAGGAAAACACUCUUUCGUUUGUGGUAUCAACACCAGUGACUCUACCUGUUGGAUGCUGGACGCUUCGCGUGGUGACAAGACAGAAGAGUUCGCCAGCACGUCAGAUAUAUGACUUCGAACAGGAUAUCUACAUACUGUUCAACCCAUGGAAUCCAGAUGACCAAACAUACAUGGAAGACAAAAGUCUCCUUCAGGAAUACGUUGAGAAUGACGUGGGCAAAGUGUGGGUGGGACCGAUCAAGACUACGCGUGGAAAGCCCUGGUUCUACGGCCAGUUCGACGCGGUGGUCCUGCCAGCCUGUAUGUUCAUGUUGGACAGAGCUGAUAUACCAUUCCAUCAACGUGGUGACCCUGUUAAAAUGACACGCACAAUAUCCCGAAUCGUGAACUCGAAUGACGACGCCGGUGUCCUAGUGGGAAGGUGGGAUGGAGAGUAUGAAGAUGGAACAGCACCAUCGGAAUGGACUGGUUCUGUGGAGAUCCUCGCGCAAUACCUGGAAACCCAGCAGGAAGUGCCAUAUGGACAAUGCUGGGUCUUCGCUGGCGUUGUUACAACAGUUUGCCGAGCUCUUGGUAUACCGUCUCGUGUGGUUUCCAACCUGGUGUCAGCCCACGACGCGAACAGCUCACUCACCGUUGACAAAUACUACACGGAGACCAUGGAGGAGCUGGAGUUCGACCCCAACAAUCCCCAGGGAGCAGACUCCAUCUGGAACUACCACGUGUGGAACGAUGUGUGGAUGGCGCGACCUGAUCUACCACCAGGUUACGGUGGUUGGCAAGCAAUUGACGCAACACCCCAAGAAACUUCAUCAGGCAUGUACCAGUGCGGUCCAGCGCCUUUGGAGGCCAUCAAGCAAGGAGUUAUCGGAGUAGGGCAUGAUGUCGAGUUCAUGCUGGCCUCAGUCAACGCUGAUCUGAUGCGGUGGAGACAAGACCCUGACGCUGAGACAGGGUAUUCCAUGGUGGACACAAAUAACUAUCACAUUGGUCGCAUGAUCCUCACCAAGAAGCCGUUCGUGUUCGACCCCCUGGGCGAUGAGGACAGACAGGAUAUAAUUGGGGAAUACAAGCACAGAGAGGGCAGUGCCUCCGAGAGGAUGGCGCUCAUGAACGGCGUGAGGUACUCCGAGAGAGCUAAGAGAUACUACGCCGUAGCGUCGAGUCUUACGAAUGACCUGACAUUCAAACUACGAGACAUUGAUACCGUGUCGAUCGGAAAUGAGUUCAGAGUCACAGUCGACAUUGACAACACUUCCUCAGAGGGUCGGAACAUAAAGGCUGCGUUAACAGCCACCAGUGUCUUCUACAACGGCGUCAGGGCGGACAUUGUCAAAAAAGUCGAAGGGAAAAUCUUCGUUGGACCAAAUCAACACGAGGAGAUCAGCGUUCUGGUGCAAGCUGAGGAGUACCUACCGAAGCUGGUGGAGUACUGCAACAUGAAGAUAUCAGCGAUGGCGAUCGUCGACGAGACCAAACAGUCCUGGGCUGAUGAUGACGACUUCCAGAUCCUCAAACCGAACAUUCUCAUUAAGUUCAAUGAGGAUCUCAUCAUCGGUCAGCCAUCCACGAUAGUGCUGUCGCUGGUGAACCCUCUAGAGCGCACGCUGACAGGGUGUGAGUUCCGCGUCACGUCAUCAGGGAUCGCUGGCCGGACGCUGCGUUUAGCCGCCGCUGACGUAGCGCCCAGAGAAACACUCAUCACUGAGCUGCCGGUCCAGCCUAAUAAACUCGGCAAAAUAAACUUCGUCGCAACUUUCAAGUCAACCGAACUGAAGGACAUUAAUGGUGCAGCUAGUGCGGAGGUAUUUGAGGGUUAAGUAUUUUUAAGUCGAAGGAGUAUCUUUUUUUUUAAUAAAAAUAUCCAAAUGUUUAAAGACAGCAAAUCUAUUAUUAGUCUGUUAAAAGGAUAUGUAGGGAUUGUCUUGUACCCAUAGUACGGGCUAUGUCUAGUUUAGGGCAAGAUAUAUUGCGCCUAUUUCUGCCGUGAAGCAGUAAUGUGUAAGCAUUACUGUAUUUCGGUCUGAAGGGCACCGUAGUUAGUUUAAUUACUGGGCAAAUAAGACUUGACAACUUAUGUCUCAAGGUGACAAUUGUAGUGCCACUCAGAAUUUUUAGGUUUUUCAAUAAUCCUGAGCGGCAUUGCAUUGUAAUGGGCAGGGCGUAUCAAUUACCAUCAGCUGAUCGUCUCGCCCCUUAUUUUCAUUAAAAAGAAAAAGGAUAAUUUGGGAUUUGAAAAUGUGUGUCAAUAUUAUUAAUUUUUUAAAGCACAAUUAUUUACGGUCAUAAACUCUUAACUGUCUUGUUAAUAAACGUAGUGUAAAGUUGCUCCAAGUAUAAAAUUACUUCUCCCUGUCAUGUACCUAAUUCUGUAGUGACAACGGUAAGAUAAAAACAAAAAGUUUUAAACUUGGCGUAACUUUACUUCGCGUUAAUUAAUUACUCAGUGAGUGUACAUAGUUAAAACAGUCUUUCCCGUUUAUAUCAUUUAAGGAAUAUGUUGAAAGAUUAUUUUUAUACUUAACAUUCAAUUAUUCACUUAAAGAAACGCGCAAUUUUAUUAUAUUACUGGAACAUAAGUGCAAGCAAGAGCGCUAUAUAGGCAAUACCGCUCCCACGAAAUAGGACAUUGCUAUUGAUAUAUAUAUAAAAGUACAAUUAUUGUUAAUACUCAUUUAUUAUUAUAAUUACCAAUUAAAUUUAUAUUAUAUAUAAGAUGGUAGCUUUACUCAUUAUAUUUUAUUACAAAAUAAAAAACGUUAUUAUAAAA